UACCGCGCUAUCGAAUUUUGAAAAAACAUAACCUCAAUUAAUGCGUGGUAUAUGUGGUGUCCCUAAUACUAAUAGUUGUAAUACCUUUAAUCGCUUGAAUCUCUUUACUUAUUUAUUUGAUUGGUCUGUUGUUGAGCAGACUUAUUGAACUCGCGAAAAAAUUGACAGGACAUCAGAUUGUUUUCAUUCAAUCGAGGUGGAUUGAAUAUUUGUGUUUGAUGUAGUGAAAAAGUGAUGAUGUUGAGUUGUUGAGGGCAAUUUUGAUUGACUUUCACGAUGCCUAAUGUCUGUGCUGUCAGUGGGUGCACUUCGGGCUCUAAACAGAAUCCGCAGAAAUUUCAUUAUUUCACUGCACCAAAGGAUGUGAUGAGUCAGUGGAAAACUGCGACAAAACGAGAUGAUUUAGAUGCUGGCAGUUCCAGAAAAGUCAUUUGUGAAAGACAUUUUUUACCGGAACAAAUUACUUUCCAACGCAAAUUGAUUGGACCCGAUGGAACAGUUUUGGGUUUGUCCACGUACACCAAGCCAAGACUUGAACCAAGGACAAUUCCAUCGAUAUUCCCCUGGACAGAAGGAUGGACUUCCACGCGAUGGCAAUCCACCUUAUGUAAUUCUGCAGUGGAUGUGAUUGAAAAAUCAAAUGAACAAUCCCAGGUGUCAUGUACUCUCACAAAUGCAAAUGGAGCAUCAAGUUUCGAAAUGCCUCCCUCACCUCCAAAUUCAAACAAUAGUAAGAACACUGAACCCCUCAUGACAUUGAAACAACUAUGUGGAGAAAUUCUGAAACUAUCUCUGCCUUGGGAGAAGAAAGUCGUGAUCAAUGGUUCAACAACUUCCUUGUUUCUCUUUCGAAUUAAGGAAAUAAACACUGAAGAGGGUCCUAAAUUACUAUUAUGGAAACAAAUAUCUCUCAGUGAGGAUUUGAUACCUAGGAUUUAUAUCUUGAAUGAAUCUCUAAAGCGAUCUCCAGUGUUCGAUGGCUUCUUUCAUCCAAUCAGCAGAGUGGAGCAACUGGAAGAAUUGACCCUUAUCAUCGAUAGGCUUCCGGUUUGCUCAGGGUGCCAAUUCCAGAAUGAAUUGAAACAGACAAAUUGUGAUUUGAUUCAUAUGGAUGUUAAAGGGACAUGGCGCCACAACCGUUGUCCUCUCUUAAUAGCUGAUGGUAUCAGUGUUAAGUGUGAAGCCUGUCAGAAGAUUAAAAGAACUGUAACGCAGAAAAUUCGUCGGGCGGCAAACCGCGCCGAGGUAAAAAGAAUUAGAAUUGUUCUUUCUCCAAAGAAGAAAUUGGCAUUUUCUAGGAAAAAAAUGGCGAAACUAUCAAAAACAUGACAAUUCAACGAUGUAU